AUGAUAAAUCCAGCAUUGUCUCAUCGAAUAAAAUCAAACUGCAGCUACCGAAGAUCUAUCAGUGAUAUCAAAGAUUGGUUGCAGUUCUGGAGUUUGUUCAAACGUAUUCACGGAGAUGAGGACAUAGAAGCUGAUGAAAAAUUUCAGUAUCUGCUGCAGGCAAUCACCCGUAACUCAAAACCCAGACAACUUAUUGAAUGCUACACACCUACGGGAGAGAAUUAUAGUAAAGCUAUAGGAAGUUUGAGAUCCAGAUUCGGUAGGGAGGAUCUGCUAAUAGAAUACUAUGUUAGAGAGCUUCUCAAACUGGUAUUACCUAAUCUUGCCAACAAAACUAAUUUGGCUUCACUAUAUGAUGAAAUGGAUGCUCAACUAAGAGCACUCGAUACCCUUGGAGUAACAACAGAUACCUGUUCAGCAAUGCUGUAUCCUUUAUUGGAAUCCAGCAGGCCAGAAUAG